AUGGCAAACAUUUGCAAAAUUGGGGAAGAUUUAUUGGAAAAAGUUCUAUCAAGUCUGCCUCCGAAAACCCUGAUGCGGUUCAAGUGCGUGGCCAAAUGGUGGUAUGCUCUGAUCAACAAUCCCAGGUUCGUAGACAAUCAACUCUUCAAUUGCUUGCACAACAAUCAAUCCAUUUGUAUCUUUUUGAAGCGAUUAGUCCCUCAUGAGGACCCGAACGCCAACGAGACCAAACCGGUGUUCUCAAUGCUUACUUUUUGCGAGUAUGAUGGUGAUGGUGAUGGUGAGCAUAUAUAUAGGCUUGUUUUGUCUAGGGUGGAGGACAUAAAUGUUCCACUUUGUAUGAGUAAAGAAGAACUUAGUGUUGUAGGCCAUUGUCAUGGGAUCAUUUGUGUAGCCACCUUCGCCGAUUAUGGUAAGGUGUUUUUGUGGAAUCCGGCAAUUCAGGAAUUCAAGCUUCUUCCCUCGCAAAAAUACCUUCCGGAUAUGAUGUCCCUACUUGAGCAGGGAAUCCCAUACACACCAAACUCGAGUCGGCUCAGAAGUGGCAUGGGAUUUGGCUAUGAUCCUAUAUCUAAAGCUUACAAAGUUGUUAACAUUAUGUUUUCUUGGUCGCAAACGCAUGCUCAUACAAAUUAUUCUGUGGUUAUUUAUCCUCUGAGAGCAGAAGUGUACACGUUGGGAACUAGUGAAGAUUCUUCUUGUUGGAGAGAGAUCAAGUCUUAUUCUUUAGAAACAGAAACUACUUUCCUUUGGCCUGAAAGUUUCCAGAUAUACUUGAAGGGGAUGUGUUAUUGGUUGGGAAUUGAGAAACAAAAGGAAUUCAUGGAUGACGAGGAAGCUCUACAUGAUCAAAACGAGAUUAGGCAAGUGAUUGUUUCGUUUGAUAUGAGUGGUGAGGUGUUUGAUGAGCUAGUGUUACCAGAUGAGCUGCUAGAAGCCAGCAACUGUUAUAUUUUCCCAGGGCUUUACAUGUACCUUAUAGUGUGGAAUGAAUCUUCCAUUUCUCUUUGUGGCUUGCGUAAUAAUAGUAAUGGCAUUAGAUGCUUUGGAAUGUGGCUGAUGCUGAUGGAGGAUGGUUUUGGUGAUUGUGUUUGGACAAAAUAUGUGGAUUUUGAGCUCACGGUGAGCCUGAGCCCCAUGUUAAUGGGGCUCCGGGCCUGCUCGUGGGCAUUGGCCUUCUCGAAAAGCGAUCAUCUUCUUGUGGUUGAGUUCAAUGGAUGUACAGUCUGCUAUAACAUCCGUACCAAAAACCGAAUGUCUCUUCCUACUAUUCAAACUGCUACAGGCUAUUAUGAUCCACUUGAAAAUCCAGUUUGUGGUAGAGAAUAUAACGGACCUGUUGUUUAUGCGAAUAGUAUAGUUUCUGUUUGA